CUCAUAGCAAAUGAUGUACAGGCAAAUUUCUUGGUUAGACUUCGUAUGGCAGGUUGUGUUGGUUGUGGGGAGAAGGGGAAGCCACGCCUCCUGGUCUGCGUAAAGGAGCUAUAAAAGACUCCGUCGGCACUGUUCAUACUCACAUCCUGAAUCCUGGAAGGCUCCUCGACCAGUUUUAGGAAACAUACGCUCUAUGGACAGAGGAUAGGGUCUUCGUCGAGUUUUAAAUUCUUGCUUCUUUCACUCAGAAAAGCUGAUCAUGGCUGUGGCUGAAGCACUGAUGCCAGCUGUGGCAUCGUUCCCGAGCGUCAAAGCGAUGGACAACUUGUGCAGUGUGGAGGAGAGUGUGCGGAGAGGCGCAACAGGUGGCGCAGAAAACCUGCACAUCGAAGGGGAGUUCAGCAUCGUGCAAUCUCCUGCUUUACCCCCCAAAGACGACGACGAGCUGGGGAAAUUUGUGGACAUCGAGUUUAUUUUGUCAAACACCAUCGGUGCUGUAAACAACAGCAACAGCAAUGGGGAUAUUUCACCGACACAGCAGCAGCAGUGCGCGUAUUCCCUGCCGGAGUCGCCGGAAAGCUGCUCCGGCGCUUCUGUGCCAGAAUGCAGCGACCAUACUCCCACUCAUCUGGCUGCUCAGGGCUACCAUGGCGCCGUAAACUUCACGGACUCCAGCCCGGUGCACAGUCUCAUGGCGGAGCUUCUCACGCCUGAGAUGGGCUACCCCGGGGAGAGUUCAGCGGACAAGGCGAGAGAGGGCAGGGAGUACACCGAACUGCGAUCUUUAAACCGCAUUCCAUCAGCUCCUGUUCAUCACCAAGUGGCUACGCCGUCUCCCUCCGGUGGAUACAAAAUCAAAACCGAGCCCGGGGAUCAAUCUUGUAUGAUGGCUGCUGCUGGGAACUUUAUGGAACAAGUGUAUGACAAGCAUCAAAUGCGCGCAAUGCAUCCAGCAGCUUUUACGCACCACCAAGCUGUGGUUCCUGGUGUGUUGCCGGCUUUCGGUGUUCCCCAUAUGCAGCACACCUCAUCUCAGGGACGCACGGAUUGCCACUUGGCGCAAAUGAACUCUGCCGCGAGCACUCAUCAGCAUCCCAGUCAACACCAUCUCCAAAAUCAGUACGCUCCAUAUCACCAGCAGUACGUGCACCAGUCUGUGCCACAGUUCCAAGGACAGUACAACAUGCGCAGAGAGCCGGCCCACGCUCAACAGCAGCACCGCCAGUCUUCUCUGCAGGGGAUGAUGCUCACUCCUCCCUCGUCGCCAUCUUUGUUGGAGUUUUACGGGCACGACGAGGCGGGAUGCAUCAAGCAGAAGCGAGGCCGCAGGUCGUGGGCCAGAAAACGCGCCGCUACGCAUAACUGCGAGUUUCCAGGCUGUGGAAAAACCUACACUAAGAGUUCUCAUCUUAAAGCUCACAUGAGGACGCACACAGGUGAGAAGCCCUACCACUGUAACUGGGAAGGCUGUGGCUGGAAGUUCGCCAGGUCAGAUGAGCUGACCCGUCAUUUCAGAAAGCACACUGGACACAGGCCCUUUCAGUGUCACCUCUGUGAACGUGCCUUCUCUCGCUCAGAUCACCUGGCUCUCCACAUGAAGAGGCACAUGUAGGCUACGCUGAACUCAUGGACAUUUCCAUCUGUCCAUCCUGCAUCAUGAUCAGCAUCCCACAAGAAGCAUCAGGUGUUCUGAUUGCUGGUCCCAGAAAGACUAAAACAAAGCAUUCCUCUAGGGGCCUUCCUCGCCUCACUUUGCCUUAUCGAGCUGCUGAUGUUCAGCCAUUUGAUUUCAGUUGUUCCAUGAUGUUCAGAAUUCAGCUUUUGGUUCUGUUUCUGCUAAAAAAAAAUCCACGUUUGAACAAGAGAUUCGUUUACGCUUUUAUAUGAUGGCGUAGGUGUGUGAUAUCUUGGCAGAGAGACUGUACUCUGCCACAUUUGAGGUAAUACAUUUGAGAUGUCCAUCACAUUCAGCAGCGUGAAGUGCCUCCAGCGGUUGUUGUGCAUAUUUGAACAUAUAAGACUAAGCCUGGCUAAGUUAUAGUAGUUUAGUAUUGAAGACAUUUCCUCACUUUGUCUUUAAAAUAAGUUAUAGGUUGCUGGUGAGUGCCUUAAUAAGACUGCUUAUUUGCUCACUGUGGGCAGGACCCAGACUUUUGCAGAUUUACAUUUGUAAAUAGUAUUUUUUUGCCAUGUUUACAUCUCAUACCUUUGAUACUACUCAAAUCAGGUCAGGGUUGUAAUGAAAUCUCUUUACUCUAUUUUUUUUUCUCAAGGCUGUUCAUAUAGAAUACAGUAUGGAUGUUUAUAUAUAUAUAUAUAUAUAGAGAGAGAGAGAAAGAAAGAUAUUUUCUACGGACUGUAGGCUAGGCCUAUAUUUUAGACAUUUUAUUUGGUUUUGUGAAGGUUUGGUGGAGCAAUGCAAACAAAUUCAGGUACUAUUGUUCAGGAUCCUAGAUGACGGACUUUAAUUCAAAUGUUAUUUACAGACACAAACAUGAACUUUGUUGUUUCGCUUUUUUUUCCUUUUUUUUUUUUAAGAAUGAAGAAAUCCACUGCAACUGGUGGUUGAACUGCUGUACUUGAAACAGAAAUGCAAUUGUUUUUAAUUGCGCUCAAGGGCUCCAAAAUAAAAGUACUUUUGUGUCCACA